AUGAAACGGACACACUUCAGUCUGCCACAUGUGGCAGACAUCACAUGCAUGGACCCCAACCGUCCACCGCUCGUUCCGGAGAAGCUCUCCAAAACGGUGCGUUUCCUCGGCUUCUUCAUACAAAACGACGUCAUGAAGCGGGGGAAGAACAUAGGGAAGGCGCUCAACGACGUCGUCGUGCGGCACCACCAGGCCCUCACAUGCCGCCCACGUGACCCUCACGUCUCCUUCGUGUCGCCGCUGGAGUAUCAGUUCAGCUGCAGCGGGAGUCCGCCGCGCCUCUCGCAUGCCAGUCGGAGGAAGCUCUCUCCGCCCUCUUCAAGCCGCUCGCCGGCUCAUCGCGCUGUGAGGAUGUGCCGUGGCGGUGGUGAAGGCAUCAUAGAGAGGCGCGUGAAGAUCGCGGGGUCCGCCGCUUCCAUGCUGAACGAUGUCGUGGAGAAGGACUUCCACGUGGACGAGGCCGCGGAGGAGUUCAUAGCGAGGUUCUACAGAGAGUUGAGGUUGCAGAAAUGGUUGGAUCACUAUUGCUGA